AUGGCGGGGCGAGGGCGCGGGACGCUCGGGGACCCGGCGGGACGCGCUUUGCAGCGCCCAGGGCUCCUGCCACUGCGGACGCGCGGCUCCGGCCGGCCCACCCCACUCCGCCCGACCCCGCCUCAGCCCGUGGUUUUCCCCUCCUUGGACCCCGCCUACCACCCAGUCCCAGUCCGGACUCACGCCCACCUGCGUCCCCUCCUGGACCCCGCCUACGCCAGUCCCAUCGGACCCCGCCACCCCGCGGUCCCAGUUUCCGGAACCCCGCCCACCCACCGGUCCGCCAGUUCCGACCCCGCCCACCCCGGUUCCAGUCGGAACCCGCCCACCCCGCGUCCCCUUCCCUUGACCCCCGCCUCCCCCACGGUCCCAGUCCGGACCCCGCCCACCCCGGUUUCCAGUUCGGACCCGCCCACCCACGGUUCCCAGGCCACGGACCCCGGCCCACCCCGUGGUGUCCCAGUUUCCGGACCCCCGGCCCACCCCACGCGGGUUUCCCAGUUCCGGACCGCGCCCACCCCGGGGUUCCCAGUUCCGGACCCCGCCCAACCCCGCCUGUCCCCUCCUGGGACCCCGGCCCACCCACGGUCCAGCCGGACCCCGCCGCCACCGUUAGGCCGCCUCCUGGACCCGCCUACAGUCCCAGUCCGGACCCGCCAACCCACCGUCCCAGUCGGACCGGCCUCCCAGUCCCCGGUUUCCGGAUCGCCCACUCGACGGUCCCAGUUCCGGACCCGCCUACCCCCGCAGUCGCCCAGUCCCGGGACCCCGCCCACGCCCACGGGUCCCAGUCCGGACCCCGGCCCACCCCCGGGUCCCAGUCCGGACCCCGGCGCUACCCCCAAGUCCCAGUCCGGACCCCGGGCCCACCCACGGUCCCAGGUCCGGACCCCCGCAUCCGACCCCACUGUCCGGACCCCCCGGCCCACCCGCGCGGUCCCCUCCUGGACCCCGCCCACCCCACGGUCCCAGUCGGGACCCCGCGCCACCCCGCAGUCCCCUCCUGGACUCAACUCUCCCACCCCCAGCCCAGACCCCACCUCCCCGCCCUUCUAA